CAAACCUUUCGGAUAGCUCCGUCCCUUUAAAUUUCUUCUCUUCAUUUCACUUCACUUUAUGGUAAUACUCAGAUCGCCGAAAUGAGAUGAAGACGUGAAAUUGUGUACCGCAAACCCAAGCAGACCAAUACAUCUUGCGAUAUCACAUAUACACGAUGGCAUCUUUGCCCCAACAGUCAUCUGCGGGAAGGCAGCGGCCAUCAGCCUCCCAGCAAGUAUCUAACAACCCCACUUCAUCAUCUAGUAGCGCAGAACCGCCUCAAUCUGAGACAGUUACCUCCGUCCCUACAACCCCUUCCAUCGACCACCCAGACGUCUUUUUCCCCACCGUUUCGCGUACUUCCGGUGUUCGAGAAGGUGAGAGUAGGCAACUCCCGCCUGAUACACCAUCAUCAUCACGACCACAACAACAAGAACAGCCAAGUCAACAAACCCAAGACUCUGCCACCAACAUCUCAUCCGACGCAAUACAGCAAAACCCUCCAACCGAGACCGGCGCCACAGACUCCGAGCCGCGCAAGUGCUGGAUCUGCUACACCGACGAGACCGAAGAUACCCCGCUGAACACAGAGUGGCGAUCGCCAUGUCCCUGCGCCCUGACAGCCCACGAAGCCUGUCUCCUCGACUGGCUCGCCGACCUCGAGAACCCAAACUCACGAAAACGAAAUGGCCGUCCCACCAAAAUGCUCUGUCCGCAAUGCAAGUCCGAAAUCGUCAUCUCGCGCCCGCGAAGCUUUGUCGUCGACUUGGUGCGCUCUGUUGAGCGGCUGGCGGGCCGCCUUGUGUUACCCGGGAUGGUUUUUACAUUGGCCGGGACUGUGUGGGCUGGAUGCUGCGCGCACGGGGUGUAUUCUGUAUACUUUAUUUUUGGGUCAGAGGAUGCGCAGCGGAUAUUCCAAAGCCGGAGCGAGUCGGCAUGGAAUCCGCGGUUGAAUUUUGGAUUACCGCUCAUACCCGUCGUGCUUAUACUUUCGAGAACGAAGUAUGCGGAGGGUCUGCUGCCGGCUAUACCUGUUCUUUUCUUCGCCACACACCAGUCCGGCAGCCAGGAGUUGGAGAUGGAUUUCUGGCCGCCCAGCGCUGCGAUGACCUUUGCUGCGCUACCGUAUGUGAAAAGCUUUUAUAGUAUGAUUUACGAGAGAUUAUUUGGGAAACUGGAGAAGAAGUGGAUUGCAGAGGUGCAGCCGCGCUCGGGGGAAACUGGGGCUGACGGACACGGUGGCGACGAAGGAGGUAUACCCGACGUGGGGAAUGGUGAUAUCCUCAUGGAGAUUGAUUUAGAGCUACAAGUCGGGCUUGGUGGUGGAAGAAAUGAUGAGAUUGAGAAUAUGCCAGCGUUACCGGGAGCUGGUGGCGAGGAGGUCCAGGUAAAUGGCGACAACGGCGCAGCUGCUCAAAACGAGGAAGCAGGAGGCGGUGACCAAGGCAACCAAAUACUUGGUCGGCGACAAGAGGGAAUCAUUCAUGACACCAGCAACAUUGCCGAUACUGUUUUAGGUGCGCUGCUAUUCCCCGUCAUCUCUGCGUCGAUGGGUGGGGUGUUGAAAAUGGCAUUACCAAAAGCGUGGACGACGGCGCCAUCAGUUGCAGGGUCAUCGUCACCUAUACUGGAGAGGAGCAGAUAUGGCUUGCUACAAAGUAGAUGGGGACGGAGCGUUGUGGGAGGCUGCCUCUUUGUACUUUUGAAAGAUGCGCUGGUAUUAUAUUGUCGAUGGAAGUUGGCCAAAACGCACCGGAAACGGAAAGUGCUAAAUUAUGACCGGACGAAGAAGCAGGUUGUGCGGCCGAGGGGGUCACAAUAAUACUUGCUUUACGCAUCGUUAUUGAUCAUGCGGCGUAUGAUAUAAAUACAUACCUACUUGCCUACUCAUAGCGCGCCUUUAUUUGUAAUUGACGAAUGUUAAACCUCGGGAUAUAUAUUUUCGGUUUUCAAACGUUCUCUACUAGGAUGAGAUUACGCAUUGUAGCAUAAGCUUUUCCCUACGUUUUUCCAUCUACACGUUCUUUUCAUCACGAUACAUGCAAUGGAGCAUUGCAAUGGCUUUUUGUAGGAGGCGAAUUGCUUGUAGCCUGGUUCUGUCGCUGGGAUGGUUUCUGCAUGAGGUCUAGUUCGCAUAGUCGAUGCUCUAGGGUUUUUUUUUUGGCCCUGUAUAGUUAACUAGAUCACCCCCCCCAAUGACACUCCUGAUUACGCUUUGUAUGAGCAUAAAAAAACCAUAAAUU